AUGGCGCUUGUUCCGAGUGUAAAACUGAGAGGCGUUGUUCAGCGCCUCAUACUGACUGAGGGCAAAAAUUCAAGUCACCUUUCAAGGUGUGAAAUGGUUUCUCUUCUGAGAGGAGCUGACAGUGAAGGUUCAACUGUGAGAGCUGACAAUGAAGGUUCAACUGUGAGAGCUGACAGUGAAGGUUCAACUGUGAGAGCUGACAAUGAAGGUUCAACUGUGAGAGCUGACAGUGAAGGUUCAACUGUGAGAGCUGACAGUGAAGGUUCAACUGUGAGAGCUGACAGUGAAGGUUCAACUGUGAGAGCUGACAAUGAAGGUUCAACUGUGAGAGCUGACAGUGAAGGUUCAACUGUGAGAGCUGACAAUGAAGGUUCAACUGUGAGAGCUGACAGUGAAGGUUCAACUGUGAGAGCUGACAAUGAAGGUUCAACUGUGAGAGCUGACAGUGAAGGUUCAACUGUGAGAGCUGACAGUGAAGGUUCAACUGUGAGAGCUGACAGUGAAGGUUCAACUGUGAGAGCUGACAGUGAAGGUUCAACUGUGAGAGCUGACAGUGAAGGUUCAACUGUGACAGCUGACAGUGAAGGUUCAACUGUGUUCAACUGUGUGAGAGCUGACAGUGAAGGUUCAACUGUGAGAGCUGACAGUGAAGGUUCAACUGUGAGAGCUGACAGUGAAGGUUCAACUGUGAGAGCUGACAGUGAAGGUUCAACUGGGAGAGCUGACAAUGAAGGUUCAACUGUGAGAGCUGACAGUGAAGGUUCAACUGUGAGAGCUGACAGUGAAGGUUCAACUGUGAGAGCUGACAGUGAAGGUUCAACUGGGAGAGCUGACAGUGAAGGUUCAACUGUGAGAGCUGACAGUGAAGGUUCAACUGUGAGAGCUGACAGUGAAGGUUCAACUGUGAAAGCUGACAGUGAAGGUUCAACUGGGAGAGCUGACAGUGAAGGUUCAACUGGGAGAGCUGACAGUGAAGGUUCAACUGUGAGAGCUGACAGUGAAGGUUCAACUGUGAGAGCUGACAGUGAAGGAUCAACUAGAGUUGACAGUGAAGGUUCAACUGUGAGAGCUGACAGUGAAGGUUCAACUGUGAGAGCUGACAGUGAAGGUUCAACUGUGAGAGCUGGCAAUGAAGGUUCAACUGUGAAAGCUGACAGUGAAGGUUCAACUGUGAAAGCUGACAGUGAAGGUUCAACUGUGAAAGCUGACAGUGAAGGUUCAACUGUGAAAGCUGACAGUGAAGGUUCAACUAUGAAAGCUGACAGUGAAGGUUCAACUGGGAGAGCUGACAGUGAAGGUUCAACUGUGAGAGCUGACAGUGAAGGUUCAACUAUGAAAGCUGACAGUGAAGGUUCAACUGGGAGAGCUGACAGUGAAGGUUCAACUGUGAGAGCUGACAGUGAAGGUUCAACUAUGAAAGCUGACAGUGAAGGUUCAACUGGGAGAGCUGACAGUGAAGGUUCAACUGUGAGAGCUGACAGUGAAGGUUCAACUAUGAAAGCUGACAGUGAAGGUUCAACUGUGUGA